AAGAAAUCAGCUCUCAGAUUCCAGCAGGCAAAUACAGAGGCCGGCUUGUGCAUUCAAGACAUCUCCUCCGGCCAGUGCACUUAAUUAUUUCACAGCCAAGAGAUAAACUUUAAUAAACAACUGUCACUGCUGCAUAAAUAUAUUGCACAGUGUAUGCUAACACACACACACAGACACACACCCCACACAGGGCCUCUUGAUGGUCUUUCUCUAUUUAGCUCUAAUCAAGCGGGAUCUUCAAUUGAGCUUGCUUUCCAGAGUUAUAUGGGAAAUCUUAUUUUAGCAAUUAUUAAGGCUGGAACGAGGAAGGGCAUUUCCUGUGGAGCUGAACGGCGCAAGCAGCAUGAAGAACCAACUUUGGAAACACGAAACCUCCCUGUUGCUUUUUCUUGUCCUCCUAGCGCAGAUUUUUGGUUUGGAUGACGACAACCGGUCAGCGACGGAGAUCUGUUCCACUCAUACCAUUCUACCAGGACCGAAAGGUGAGCCUUCUGUGUGCUAAACAUCUUUGCUGUUGCUGAAGAGACACAGUAGUGUGUGCUUCAGGGGAAACCAACACACUGCUUAUGAUUCUCCCCCCAGCUCUUGUGUCACAUAGGAUUGGGGAAGGAAGGUUGCCAACUUUUUGGCUGCUUCUGCAACUGUGCCUUUAAGAGCAGAAAACCUUGCAGGUUUCUGCAGCUAAUCAUGGUGAGAGCUUAUAUUUUUUUUUGCUGCAUCAGAUUUGGUGCCGCUGAAGGUCCAAGCUCAGGCAUUUUGCUAGUCAGUUGGCAAUCCUUCACAGAGCAGGCGGGAAACUUAAUUGCAUUUUAAUCUGAUAGACAAUGCCUGUUGUGGAAGAAUAAAUCAAAUGUCAGUUGUACAAUGCUUAAUCAGUGUUUCAUUAUGUAAACCAGGGGUGGGAAGCAGGUGGCCCUCCAGUCUUGUUCUGUUUUCUCGCUCGACUACAACUCCCAUCAUCUCAGAUUACUGGUCAUGCUAGCUGGGGCUGAUGGGAGUUGGAGUCCAGCAAUAUCUGGAGGGACAACAGUUCCCCAUCCCUGAUCUAAUCAUCUGGUUGGGGAAAAGUAAAGUACUGUAAAUUAUAAUGGAGCAGAAGAAAUAUGUAGUGUUUGUUUGGGUUAUAAAGGGUUAAGCACCUCCCUGCCCCCUGUAGUUGGAAAUAUUUUAACUUGAAUUAAAGCCAGGGCUAUGCCCCUGGUUUGAGGAGCAGUUACUCAGUUUGUGGUGUGCUGCAAAAUAUGGGACUUUUGCUGCAAAACUGUUGGCACUGGUUUGGAGUGAUUUGGACACGGAUGGUGUUAACUACAAACCCUGUGUUUGAUGUAUCAAUCACCCAUUUUGUGGGGUGCUGUGAAACAUGGGUUUUUUAAUGCUGCAAAACAACUGCAAAACUUUGGUACAGGUUUGGAGGGGACCCGAAAUUCUGGGGUCCGUAGUUAAUUAUCCUGCCAACCCAAUUGGAGGAGAGAGACAACUAUUCUUUUUCCCACAUUGCCUCAGUUCCAGCAGUGUUCUAUGAUUAUGAUUUCGCUUCCACCGUAUAAAAAAAGCUAGUGGUGGCAGCACAGUGGUGGCAGUGGCUGUUUGGUUAGCAUAUGAAACAUUGAGGUUGGAAAUCCCUGCCCAGUUACGCCGCUUGUUGGGGAACCCCAUGAAUCAGUCUGCCCCAGCUUGGACUACCUCACAAGGCCGUUGUGUAGAUAAAAAAAAUAAGAGGGCAAAGACAUGUGCUCACUGUUGCCCCACAGGGCAGGGUUAGAUCAAAGGGAUCGUUUUCAGUUGAACAAGAAGAGGAGAAAUUUCUGGAUAGGAAGAGCAGUCCCAGAGAUACACCAGCACAGCUUUGUUGUCUUGGCAAAGAAAGGACCAUUCUGGGAAUAUGUCAGUAUCAAAACCAAGCAGUGGGGCUUAUGCAGGAUCCUAACUCUGUUCAGCUCAGUCACAUGACCUGGCAAAUAGGGUGUUUUUACAGCCAAACUCUAUUUUAAAGACUUGUUUUCGUUCUGAGAGGCUUGGAACUGCUUAGCCAGCAGCAGUCUUGCUCCUGAAUGGGGUUUGGAUCUGGCACAACUUUAUCCCGGCUUACUUGCUUAACGCCAACUCCUCAUGAGUAGGAGCGCUCCCUUAGUCUGUCUCACUGUGGUACACAUGGAACCCUCAUACUUUUAUUUAUUUAUUUGCUUAUUAUUUUUAAACCGCUUCGCAUUUUAAAAUCCGGUAAGUGUAUGCAUAAAUACAACAUAAAUGCAACCAAAGUCUCGUGAAGACCGAGAUACAAUACCAAAACUAGAAUUUCCUUCCCAUUUCCCGUAAGUGCUCCAGGUUCCAUGCCACCCCAAGAGGAGCACAAGACCUCAGACGCUGAACAGCAUCUUCCCCGCAAGUUUCUGAUUGUAAGCUCCUUGGGGCAGGGGACCUGCCUUUUGCUUACGUUUUUAUUCUGCAAAGCACCCUGCAAACUGCUAAACAGGGUGCAUUUCCUCCUCAGUUCUGUGUGUUCAUCCAGAAGUUACGGUUGUGAUAAAAGUCAGUGGGCUAAAAAUACACUGCAAGGAUUACUCAGGGCAGGCCUGAUAAUCUCAGUGGCCCAAGCUGGCUUUAAAAGUCAGCCCUUGAUAAGAGCAAAUGGCUCAGGCACACUAACCUGGGAGUGAGCAGCACUGAAUCAAAUAGGACUCGCUUCUGAGAAGAUAUGGUUGGAAUUAAAAAGUGCCUAAUAAAAAGGACUGAUGAAACCCCUUGCUUAAUAGAUAUUCAAGGCUGCCCCCAGGUGGCCACGAGAGAUACCUGUACUGCAGACCUUCAUAUCAACAGCCCUGUUUCAAUAUUAAAUGUGCUACUCUCACUUCCUGCAGGCAAGACCAGCCUUGGCCUCUGCAGCUUUUUUCCAGGCUCAUACAAUAAUUGUGAAACGAUUAAAUUCUUUAUCAAAGAAACAAAAUGACUGAGACUCUAAUAAGAUGGGUUCCGCUGGUUUGAUGUGUCUUUUGUACAUUAGCCAUAAAGGAAGCUCGGGUAUUUAAUGCAGGUAUGCUGCAGAGGACACAGGUGGCGCUGUGGGUUAAACCACAAAGCCUAGGACUUGCCGAUCAGAAGGUUGGCGGUUCGAAUCCCCGCAACGGGGUGAGCUCCCGUUGCUCAGUUCCUGCUCCUGCCAACCUAGCAGUUCGAAAGCACGUCAAAGUGCAAGUAGAUAAAUAGGUACCGCUCCGGCGGGAAGGUAAACGGCGUUUCCGUGUGCUGCUCUGGUUCGCCAGAAGCGGCUUAGUCAUGUUGGCCACAUGACCCGGAAGCUGUACACUGGUUCCCUCGGCCAAUAAAGCGAGAUGAGCGCCGCAACCCCAGAGUCAGCCACGAAUGGACCUAAUGGUCAGGGGUCCAGAGCACCUGAAUAAAGUUUGCAGGCCACUGGUGGUCUGGUGACCUCCAUUGUCUUAGCCUAAUUCUCAGGAAUGCUAUGAGCAUGGAGAAAUGAGUGAAGAAUUGUACUUCAUCCACUGAGAAGCACUUGGGAGAUUAUUAACACAUUAAGGAUCAAGCCAGAAGAGAUCCAGGUCUCGUUUUUUUCACCUAAAAGCAGCUGCAGGAGAGUCGGUUAACCCUUUCAUCCCAUCUUGCUUCCUUGAUCUCACUCACCCUCAACUCCAAACUGCGGGUAGCCUCACAUACAAGAUUCAUUCAUAUGAACACACCAAGCUGCCUUGCAUGGCGUCAAACUUUUUUUUAAAAAAAAACUUUUUUUAUUCCAAAAUUAAAAUAAUAAUAAUAAUAAUAAUAAUAAUUUAUUAUUUAUACCCCGCCCAUCUGGCUGGGCUUCCCCGGCCACUCUGGGCGGCUUCCAAAAGAAUAUUAAAAUACUAUAAUACAUCAAACAUUAAAAGCUUCCCGAAACAGGGCUGCCUUCAGAUGUCUUCUAAAAGCCUGGUAGUUGUUGUUCUCUUUGACAUCUGGUGGGAGGGUGUUCCACAGGGAAGGCGCCACUACCGAGAAGGCCCUCUGCCUGGUUCCCUGUAACUUGGCUUCUCGCAGUGAGGGAACCGCCAGAAGGCCCUCAGUGCUGGACCUCAGUGUCCGGGUAGAACGAUGGGGGAGGAGACGCUCCUUCAGAUAUACUGGACCAAGGCCGUUUAGGGCUUUAAAGGUCAGCACCAACACUUUGAAUUGUGCUCGGAAACGUACUGGGAGCCAAUGUAGGUCUUUCAAGACCGGUGUUAUGUGGUCUCUGCGGCCGCUCCCAGUCACCAGUCUAGCUGCCGCGUUCUGGAUUAGUUGUAGUUUCCGGGUCACCUUCAAAGGUAGCCCCACGUAGAGCGCAUUGCAGUAAUCCAAGCGGGAGAUAACCAGAGCAUGCACCACUCUGGCGAGGCAAACAUAUUAUCCAGAAACAUAUCAUCCUAGUUUUUUUCCUCAUUUUUCCUCCCUCCCCCCACCCUCCCACACAACCUGUGUACAAUGAAAUUAAACGAGACUCCCUCCCUCCCCAAGCACUCAAUCUCUUAUGAAACAACACACCACCUCGCAAGUCAAUUUCGCUAUGUUAUUUUUCAUUCAACAGCCUAACAGCCCACGGAUAGAAGCUAUUUUUUUGCCUGUUGGUACGGCUGAUUGUACUUCUAUAUCUCCUGCCCGAGGGUAGAAGAUUAAAGAGGUGAUGACCUGGGUGUGAGUCAUCCCUGAAAAUUUUUCUCGCUCUCCUAAGGCAACGACCCCUUGCGAUGUCAUCUAGCGGACUCAAGGGACAGCCCAUGAUAUCAUGUGCUGUAUUCACCAUCCUCUGUAGAGACUUUCUGUCCAUGGCUUUCAGGCCAGCAUACCACACUGUGAUACAAUAUGAAAAGACACUUUCUAUUGUGGGCCGGUAAAAGGAGUUCACCAGUUGUUUUUAGAAGACACCUGAAGGCAGCCCUGUAUAGGGAAGUUUUUAAUGUUUGUUGUUUUAUUCUGCUUUUAUAUAAGUUGAAAGCCAGCCAGAGUGGUUGGGACAACCCAGUCAGAUGAGCGAAGUACAAGUAAAAUAAAAUCAUCAUCAUCAUCAUCAUCAUCAUCAUAUGGAAUAAACAAUUGCCCAUUGUGUGAAACAGGAUGCUGGACAAGAUGGGCUUUUGGUCUCAUCCGGAAAGGCUUUUCUUACAUUCAUACGGCAUCCUCAAAAGACUAUAAUCAAUUUAUUUCACAAGCCAGAGCCCCUGUGAUGACCUGGGAAUUGGAAUUGGAUUAAGAGGUUGAACCUGAGGAAUCCCUGCCUGCACAGGAGUCCCCGCCUCCAGGACCAGCUGAGCCGGGGCUGGGGCUUGAACCUGAAGGGCCCUCGCCUGUGCUGGAUCCUCAGGAGCAGACACCAGCUGAAUCUGCUCUGGCUCCGGAGGUGAUCCAGGACCCAUUGCCUGCAGGUGCUCCUCUCCCAGCCCUGUCAGGGGAAGCUGAGGUUGCCUCUGGGUCCAGUAACCCUCCAGCCUCGCCUGAGCUGCAGAGGCUCAGGGCAGAGAGGCGGAGGGAACUAAGUUCUCUCAGGAGGAGUGCUCGCCUUGAGGCCAGGAGAGGUGAGUCACCUGUGGACCGGGGCCACCCUAUGCCUCAGGGCAGAUAAAAGCCAGCCAGCCCAGUCCCAGGUUGUGGGAGCAACAUUGUUGGUAACCUGUUCCUGCUGGCACCCUGUCCUGCUCUUCUGCCAGAGCUCCUGACCACACCUGACUCCUUACCUUGGACCCCGCUUCAGCCUUGAUGGAAAGCCUACACACCACACCCUCAACCCCGGACUGGACACGGACCUCGCCGCACAGUAACCCCCCGGGACCAGCACAGUCCUCUUUUGACAAAUGCAUGGCAUCACCCAAAGCACAUUCGCCACAAUAUCUGCCUCCAUUUUUAAUGGUGCCUCACGACUCCUCGCAGCGUUGUCUGUAACGAACCAGCACGGCGACACGCCUAGAAUGUGUUGAAGGAGUCGUGUUGCUGUUUCAAGCACUAUCCAAAGUGCAACAUGCUGCGUCCUCGUCAAACUCUCCUGAGGACGUAGGAGAGGUGCGACUCUGGAAACAUAUUGAAGUAAUUGCACAAUCGGUUGACCGCGUCGAAAAGAAAAGGAAUGGGUGACCUCAGCCAAGGUUGGCAGGCUUGUUGCUGAGAACUUCAAAGGAAUCUGAAUUGGGUCCUAUGUGUUCAGUAACUGGAAUGGAAGGCAAUUUGAAGGGGAAUAAUGGGAGUUCACCCUGCAGCUGUGUGGUGUGUUUUGGAAUGCUCCCCUUUCAUUAUUUUGACAAAUGUCAAUUAUAAACUCCUUGACAUCAGUCAGUGCCUCCAAGCCCUGCUUCUUGUGGUCACCGCUGCUGCUGCUGACCAUCUUCCAGACCUAAUAGUGGCACUUGCACAGUUCUGCUUCUGGAAAAGGGCGAGCUCAGUCUGAAGAGGAGUUUUCCACGUUCUGAGCUCCGUUGGAAGUGCAGAAGGACCUCACCCCACAUCCUCCAGGCUGGCCGGACCCUUGUUCCUGUGGUCUCUGUCAUCACUCCCUUCUCUUCUGACCUAUGUGUUCUCUGUGCUAAAAAUGAUUAAAUAAUAUUUAAUUAAAAAUCCGAAUUCCGUGCCAAAUUCUGCAACGAGAAAAGCCACAUUCUGCAACCUGCAGUGGAAGAGUAUCUGGCUUGCACACACAAGGUCCUGGGUUCAAUCUCUGGUAUUGCUACGUAAUAAUAAUAAUAAAUUAUAAAAAAAAAUUAUUUGUACCCCGCCCUUUGCGGUUCAAAAACUGGGCUCAGGGCGGCUAAUAACAAAUUUAAAACACUUAAUUGAUGCAACAAAAAACAGCAUAAAAUACAGCAUAAAAUGUGAAUAACAAUAAAUUCAGAAUUCAAAAAUCACUUUAGGUGGAAAAUCCAUCCAAUAAACAUUAGAUGAUCACCAGGGCUAGCUGGCUAAAUUAGUCCUGUUUGGGCCAGCAAGGAGACCAGGAGAGAAUUAGCUGUGGGAUCCCAGAGCGGGUAAUCUUCAUAAAAAGGGGAGAGGGAGGGAAGGAAGGGGAAUAAAAGAUCAGGCCAAGUUCAAGUUGAAAGCCAGGCGGAAUAGCUCUGUCUUACAGGCGCUGCGGAAGGAAGUUAAAUCCUGCAGGGCCCUGGUCUCAUGGGACAGAGCAUUCCACCAGGUCGGAGCCAUCACUGAGAAGGCCCUGGCCCUGGUGGAGGAUGAUCUGACUUCCUUAGGGCCCGGGACCUCUAAACUAUGAUUAUUCAUGGACCUUAAGAUCCUCUGCGGGGCAUACCAGGAGAGGCGGUCCUGUAAAUACGAGGGCCCUAAGCCACAAAGGGCUUUAAAAAUCAAAACCAGCACCUAGAGCUGGGAAUAUUCCUCAGUCUGAAACCCUGGAGAGUCUCUGCCAGGCAGUGUAGUCAACACCAGGCUAGAUCAACCAACGCUCUGAUAAGACAGCUUCCUACUAAUAUUUUAAUAACAGUCGUCUUGUAACAAGGAUGCCUGUGAAAUCAACUUUUUGAGUCAGGAAAAAACAAAAUCAGCUUCAGAGCCAAGGACAGGUUAUUCUCAACCCUUUGACUACCCUUCCACAUGCCACCAGAAUGGGACUUCCAGGCCACCUAUGUUCUACAGAUGAUAGCUUGAGACCCUCUGGUGCAGGUGCAAGGCGCUGAAGUCCGCCCCUCCCUGCACUUUAUCCUCACAACAAUCCUGUGAGGUCGGUAGGUUAGGCUGAGGGAGAAAGAGUGCGGGCCCAAAGUCACGCUGGUGAUCUUUGUGGCUUCGGUCUGGGUCUGCCUUCAACUACGGAAGCCCCAAGAGCAGGUAAUGAAGGCUAACCUUUAUUUUGGCUCGAGCACACACGCAAGUGCACAACACAAGAAUGUGGCCUCUCUCCACAGCUGAUCUGUGCAGCCUCUAUGCCUUGGGUUGGCCAAAGGCACAAAGGCAACAGUACUCCCUCAAUGUCGCUGUCCCUCCUGCCCCAGGAAAUGGUAUUCAGUAUCAUACUGGUGUUGAGAUGAGCGGUGUAUGUGUGUGUGUGUGCCUCUUGGCAGCGCAGUUGCCCUCAGAAACCAUUGGGCUAAUUUAUUUAUUUAGUCUAUUUAUUUAUUAGUAAUGUUGCAAUACAUAUAUGAGAUCUUUGCAUAGUGAUACAUAUACAUUAUGUAUUCGUAAAUUCACAUUUUCACAUUUCAUUAUGUAUCAACAUUUUAUCCAUUUCUUUUUUCUUGCCCUGUGUCUUCCCUCCACCCGUGCGUGACUUCCUUGUUAUUAUUUUGUAACUUUAUUACUGCGAUUGUAAUUUUGUAUCUUAAUAAUUAAACAUUCAAUCUUAUAUAUCUGCUUAGCUUAACUUUGUGAAAUCAGUCUAUACAUAUCAAUAAAUUCUUGUUGGAGCAUCUUUUGGUCAUGUAUUCUUCUACACAUUUCCAUUCCUGUUUGAGAUUUUGAUUAGACUGCGUUCUAAUUGUUGCCGUCAUUUUUGCUAAUUCAGUCAUUUCAAAAAAAAUAUGUUGCCAAUCUUUCAAUGUUGGUACUUCUUCUGAUUUCCAAUUUUUUUGCAAUCAAUAACCCUUGCAGCGCCUGUUGCAUAUAAAAAGAUUCUCUUCCUGUCUUUGGGGAUGUCAUUUGUUAUAAUUCCUAAAAGGAAUGUUUCUAGCUUCCUACCAAUUGUUGUUUUGAACAUUUUUUUCAGUUCCUCAUGUAUAUUUCCCCAAAUUUUUAAAAUUUUAUCACAUCCCCACCAGACAUGAUAUAAGGAUCACCAUUGGGAUAAUUUAUUAUGCACCUGGAGAAAUGGAGUUCUACUACUUUCCUGCUACCAAUCUGCCAGCAAAGUGGGUGCAGGCAGUGGCAGACCUAGAUUUGGGGGGCCCUGAAGCUUGAACUGUCAUGUUGACUAGAUGACCCUCAUGGUCCCUUCCAACUCCACAAUUCUAUGAGGACCCCUUCACAACCAGCAACGAGUUCUGGGUAACCACAGUUAUCUUCUUCAAUGGGUUGUUCCAUGACAGAUCGCCACACCUUUACAACAUCUGUGCUACCGACUCUCAAGCUUUGGGAAUGUUGAAAUAUAAAGGUAAAGGUAAAGGGACCCCUGGCCAUUAGGUCCAAUUGUGACCGACUCUGGGGUUGCAGCACUCAUCUCACUUUAUUGGCUAAGGGAGCUGGCAUACUGCUUCCGGGUCAUGUGGCCAGCAUGACUAAGCCGCUUCUGGCGAACCAGAGUAGUGCACAGAAACACUGUUUACCUUCCCGCUGGAGUGGUACCUAUUUAUCUACUUGCACUUUGACGUGCUUUCAAACUGCUAGGUUGGCAGGAGCAGGGACCGAGCAACGGGAGCUCACCCCGUCGUGGGGAUUCAAACCGCCGACCUUCCGAUCGGCAAGUCCUAGGCUCUGUGGUUUAACCCACAGCGCCACCCGCGUCCCUUUGUUGAAAUAUAGACAAAGACAAAAAUUAAUCUCUCGAUUCAAUGCGACUCAAACUGGGUCUAGUGUUGUGGUUGGCUUCUGUCAGUCUCGGAAUACAAUGGAGGACUGUGCCUUUGGGGGGUGAGGUCAAGCUGAAGGCAGACUAAAGUCACUUAUGGGCCCCCUCUGAGAUCAGAGGCCCUGAAGGUUAAACUUUGUUAGGUUCAUAAUAGAUCUACCCCUGGGUAGAAUAAUUUUACACAGCUCUAGAAAAAGGAAAUGGGUGAGUUUUAGACCAACAAAAGACACCACGAGAGGGCAGCAAGAGUCAACUCUUGGUACAUCUUCAAACUCUGUAUUGAGAGAAUGUUCUUUGGAGAGGAUAGUUUUCCAGGGACAAAAAAAUCAAUUCAAGGUGGUCAUAGUUUAGUCUUUUUUCUUUUGCUGACAAUAACAACUUGGCUAACACACUGCCAGCAGGGUUGGCACCUCCUCUGCUUGCCCUAAUCCUCUACCUUAAACCAUAGCUGUCAACAUUCCCCUUUUUUAAAGGGAAAUUCCCUUAUUCUGAAUAGGAUUCCUCGCAAGAAAAGGGAAAAGUUGAUAGCUAUGCCUUAAACAGUAUGCUGGCAUGCAAGAAUUAAGACAGCACUCUAAGGCGUCUGAUUGUUUCCUUUGCAGCAGUGGCGUAGCGUGGGUUGUCAGCACCCGGGGCAAGGCAAGUAAUUUGCGCCCCCUAACCCGGGGCAAGGAAAGUAAUUUGCGCCCCCUAACCCCUAACCUGCCGCCGCUGCCAGCUUCUUCUUGCUGCUGCCUGGGCUGGGGUAUUUACGGUAAGGUAGCCACAGCGGCGGCGGCGGGUCCAUGUCAGGUGAUCUGAGGCGAGUUGCCGCUGGCGCUGCCGCCCAAACGACGCCGCUUGCCCGGAGGAGGAGGAGGGCAGAGAGGCGAGGAAAAUGCAACAUGGCCCAGCAGCUGCAGCAGCGGCGGCGGUGGCAGGGCUGUGAGGAGGGGCUGCCUGGCGCGCCCUCCGCAGCCCUGACGCGCGGGGACCGCGGCGAGCGCUGAGAGCCGCUGCCAGCUCGUUGGUUCCGCGAGACAUGGGGCUCUGCUACAGCCUGUGCCCAAGGCUCUUCGGCGACUCCGGAGGCGGUGAGCGCGCCCCCCCAGAUGUUGCGCCCGGUGCAGCCGGCCCCCCUGCACCCCCCAUGCUACGCCACUGCUUUGCAGCUAUGCCUUUACCUGUAUCACACCUGACAUCAGGUGAGGGGCAGGUGAGCAGGCCAGUGGUUCUCUGCAGUUUCUCCUUUCAAAAUGAGGCCAGGAUACUCUUUCUUAACCUGCAUUGUGACUUGUAUCAGAGUGUCUGUUUUCUCCCUCUCUGCCCACUCACCCUAUGUGUUUGUUUUUGAAGGAGAUGAAGGCAAAAAGGGAGACCAAGGAGAAAUGGGCAAGCAUGGGAAACUCGGCCCCACCGGAUCCAAAGGUAAAGGUGCGCGUGGUUAUGUCUUUUGCCCCCUCCACCUUCCCAUAUUCAUUCCGUCUUUGGAAUGCUCUCACAAGUGCUCAGUAAUGCCUCUGGAUUAAUGGGAAAAAAGAAUAAGCUCUGACCCUGCAAUCAUCAUCUGAGGCCCUUUUCUGUGUGCAUUAGGACGCAACUUCAGAACGGGACUUUUCAGCGGUGGCUCCCUGCUUGUGGAAUGCUCUCCCCAAACCCGGCGCCAUCAUUGCUGUCAUUAUGCACCAGCAAAAACAUUUCUUUUACACCAGCCAUUUGGCUUUUAAUUCUCUGUGGCCUCCUUCAGCGGGUGAGAUGCUCAAAUUCAGCACCAAAAGCAAGCCCUGAUGGUUGAGGAACAAUCAAGCACACUUUAAGCCUCCCAGAUGUUUCCCUUGCAGCCAUGGCUGUCCCACAUCUGAUGUCAGUUUGGUGUGGGGCAGGUGGGCAGGGCUUGUGGAGAACAGCUCCAUGGGCCAAACUGAAUGGGCCUACUGAGACUUGAGAGCAGCCUUCACCAUCCUGGUGCCUUCUAUUGGCAUCGUGUGGGCAGGGCCACAGGGGUGGUUGCCCUGGGCGCAAAAUUCUUAGGGGUGCAAAAUUUCAAAAGGAGAAAAGAAGAGGGAAAAUAAUAUUUAAAAAAAUAGCGCACCCUCCCCCUCACACAGUAAACCUCCCAAUAUUUGCGUGGAUGGACUGAGGAAUGGAUUUGGGUGGCAGCCAGUUGCUAGGGUGCCCUCUGCAGGGCUUUAGAAAGAUACCCACUCCUGACCAACCCCCCAUUCGUCUCUCUAGUGUGCUUGAUAUUCAUGGGUCGCUGCGACUGCCACUCGGGUAGGUUGCCGAGCUAUUGACACUUCCUUCCAGCCUAUCAGCAGGCGGUAAAGAAGAGCCCCACCCUGCUCUGUCACCCCCUUGGCAGCUGGUGCUGCUGGCAGUGCCAGCGACAACAUGGAAUAGGAGGAGAAGUUCGUGCCAAGGGAGAAUGAGUGUCCCUGCCACACCAGAAUAUCUGCAAAUGGAAGCUGAUUCUGGCUCUGUAGAAGAAGCUGUUGAUCUCUGGGGGAGCAAUGCUUGUCUUGCCCCGGACUCUGGCAAUCCAUGCUACACCACUGGGCCAACAACAUCUGAAGGACACCAGGAUGAGGAAGCAGUUUGUUUAGAGGAAGCAGCUGGCCACAUGCUGGCAUGCCCCACAGUGGAUACAGAAAGGGAGCACCCAUCAAAUACAUUAUGCAGCAAGGUGUAGGGAGGAGGUGCCACAGUUUGAGGUAUUAGGAAGUUGGAUAAAAUAGGGCAAAGGGUGACCAAAGAACAUAAGGUGCUAAACAGGCCAUUUAUUGUACCAAUGGCCCCCAUGCCAGCUCCGUAGGCUGGCUGUGGACUUCAGCAUAAAAUUUCACGGCAAAAUUGCUUCGUACUUCAGACAGCUAGUGAGGAGAUUUCACCCCUCCCAUAUCCAAUAAUCUCCUGAGGAGUCUGCUGAUUCUCCAGAGAGGAGGAGGCAUGUUCUGCUCUCUACUUAUUCUGCUCCAGCACCAAAUCAGUCAGUCAGUCAGUGUCGGAGAGAGAGAGAGAGAGACUGAGUGUUAGAGAUCGUGUGUAGAGAUAAGGUUGCUGCUAAGAGCAGCUGCAGACAGUGCAGCAUUCAUUUAUGCUUAGACCUAUUUAGCUCUGUAUAUAGUUGCAUAAUAGUUGUAGUUAUAGAAUAAAGAAGAUAUUCUACAGAGCUGCUCUCCGAGUCGUUUAUAUACUCUGCUAGAGUCUGCUGUACUCUGCUGUGCGACGACUGUCUUCUUGUGGGAGUGAAUCCGGUGCUCACAACUCUAAGCUGUGAGUCCCCAGCACUUUGACCUGUUCCUGUGCAGAAGGUGGUCUCUGGAAGUGCUACCCCAGCUUGCCUAGCCCAGUCGGGGCUGAAGUGGAUGAGUCCAGUUGGUGGCACUGGCUCAAGGGCGAUGCUGACAGCUAGUUGGGCGCAAAUAAUGGCCAUAUAAAUUCUGUCCACACAUUUAUAAUGCCCUAAAUGCUUCAGGUUUUUGAUCAAUAAGAUUUUACGACCAAAAUACGUUCAAUACGCAGCUAUAAUAAAACACUGGUGCGACGCUGCUUCAUAUUGCAAAAAUGGGAUUUGACGUGGGGUGGGGGGAGAUAGGCUGCCUGCCAUACACAUUUAUUGGCUCUUAAAAGAACCUAAAUUGCCGCCUCUACAAAAACAGGGCUGCUCCAUUUAGUCACGUGGUUUGCAGCUUUAGGAGAUGCUGAAGGAAGACACUGGGACAUUCCUCUCAUGUGUUGUGAAAUUGUUUGGAGCCAAACUAAGGCCCCGUCUGCACUAUAUGUUUAAAGCAGUACCAUACUGCUCUUAAACAGUCUUGUCCCCCCCCCAAGAAUUCUGGGAACUGUAGUUUGUUAAAGGUGCUGAGAGUUGUGAGGAGACCCCUAUCUCCCCCAGCCAGCCCCACGGAGCAAUAGUUCCCAGAGUGAUUUAGCAAUCAACCCCUCCUCUCAGGAAACCAUGGGAAUUAUGAAGGGGUAGUAGAGAUCUAACAGCUCCCAGCACCCUGAACAAACUACAGUUCCCAGGAUUCUUGCAGGGGAGAAGCCAUAACUGUUUAAAGUGGCAUGAUACUACUUUAAAAUACAGUGGUACCUCGGGUUAAGAACUUAAUUCGUUCCAGAGGUCUGUUCUUUACCUGAAACUGUUCUUAACCUGAGGUACCACUUUAGCUAAUGGGGCCUCCCGCUGCCGCUGCAUAAUUUCUGUUCUCACCCUGAAGCAAAGUUCUUAACCCGAGGUACUAUUUCUGGGUUAGCGGAGUCUGUAAUCUGAAGCGUCUGUAACCCGAGGUACCACUGUAUAGUGCACAUGGGGUCUAAAGUAUAUUUUAAAAAGACAUAGAGCAACCAUCCCUGCAUUAAGGUCUCCCUUUCCCCCUCCAUACGUGAACAGAAACACAGUCAUCCUUUGAAAUUCACACUUAUCCAGUUUUUGCAAAGGGUGGCACAAGACUCUUUUAAUCUCAAUGAGGUUUGCUUCCGAGGAGACAUGAAUAACAGUCUUCCCAGCUUGGUGUCAUCGAGAUGCUUUUUGGACUACCAACGCCACCCAUCAAUGCUCCUUUUACACACAAACACAAACACAAACCUGAGCAUCAUCAUUAUGGCAAGCACAUUGCUGGUAAUCAGUAAGCGCUGAGAAUUACCGUAUUUUUCGCUCUAUAAGACGCACCAGACCACAAGACGCACCUAGUUUUUGGAGGAGGAAAACAAGAAAAAAAAUAUUCUGAAUCUCCGAAGCCAGAACAGCAAGAGGAAUCGCUAUGCAGUGAAAGCAGCAAUCCCUCUUGCUGUUCUGGCUUCUGGGAUAGCUGCGCAGCCUGCAUUCGCUCCAUAAGACGCACACACAUUUCCCUUUACUUUUUAGGAGGGAAAAAGUGAGUCUUAUAGAGCAAAAAAUACGGUACAUUCCUAAAGGGGCUUGUGGAUUAAGACUGUCACAUUCUGGUUUCAGCAUUUUCCUUAAAAAAGAAAAAGAAAAAGCUUUAUGAAACAAAAACAUAACAACAACAACAAAAAAACGAUGCCUCCAGGCUCCUCAACUGGGAACUUUUAGUUUGGCAAAUAAGCUUUGAAAUUUCAUACUGUUUCUUCUGCAAGAGUGCCGGCGGCGGGUGCGCAGAGCCAUCUGUUGCCAGUCGGCUCAGAACCUCCAGUGCCGGUGAAUCAAAGACAGUCCCUCUGUUGGAUUGGGCUCUCAGAACAUAUGGGAAACCUACUGUUCGGCUGGGAAACAAGGGAAAGCAUGAAUGUUCACAGCUUCAGCUCUACAGAUGGCUUCAGCGUCAUGGCUGAAGCCUUGGCUUGCUGGAGGAAACUAAAUGUCCCCACUUCUUAAAAAAACAACAACAGUGUUGUUGUUGUUGGCACCACCACCCCUUAAAGGGCCUCUGAGCGACAAUCAGAAACAUAACAAGGGAAAUCUUUCCCAUCACUGCACUGGGGAAAGAUUUGCCCUGAUGAAUUUCUGCCUGUCACACGGCUAUUAACAAGAACAGAAGUCCUCUCGGAAGAAGGCGGUAAGGUCAUCUAGUUACAUAAGGUCAUAUGAAAAUGGCGUGAGAAUGAAUAAAACGGGAACUUGUCACUGUAUUUCCUUCGCAGGAGACAAAGGAGCGGUUGGCGAUAUCGGCGACCAAGGGAUCAUGGGUAAAAUUGGACCGAUUGGCAGAAAGGGUAGGCUUGCCUUUAAUACUUUUGGACUGUGUUGUGAUGGCGCAGAGCAAAAUGUGGAACAUCUGCUAUUUACGCUUCCCAAAUUAAACAGAUGGCUUUUAUUGCCAAAGAAAAGAAGAAAAAAGAAAGUCGUGAAUUACAUUAGGUCUUAUGCCUUCAACCCAUGACUGGCAGAGUAGAAGACCUGAGAUUUACCAGGGUUGCCUAAAAAUUUUUGAAAAUACAUCUUAUAUGAAUUCAUUUAUUCAUUUCUUUGGAAUUUCUAUGCAAUGGUCAAGCAUACAGUGACCAUUCAUGACACCAGUGAUUGACAAUAACACACUCUUUGCGUUUUCAGACCCAGAAACCUCCCCCCUAAAUAAAUUCACACUUGACUCAAAAUGUUGGUUUGGUUUUUGGCAGAAUUUAGGCCACAACUUUAUUGAUUACAGAAAGUGACUGGUUGAAAAGGCUCUGGUUUGACUAGCUCCCUGCCAUGCAGGUAGCGCUGACUCAGGGCACCAGCAUAAGUCAACAAAGGGUGAACACCCGGAUAAGCGGAAAGCCGGGCACAGGCUAACUCCGUCACCCAAAUGUCCCCCUGGACUCAGGCAUGGGCACAACCCCCUCACAGGGGUUUAUCAAACUAUCAAGUCCCUGAAUUCCUUUAACAGAAUACCCUUCACAUACGGAUGGAGAGAGCGUUCUCCCAUCCCCAUCACCUGAAACAGAGCCUAUCUGCAACCUUACAAGUUGUGAUGAUUUGCUACGCAGCAGGCAAAACCCAAAUGGCACCAGCCAAUCAGGGAAAAUUCCUGCCGUGCCCCAGUCCGAAUGACAGACGACACACGACGGCAUAGCAAGCUCAAGCGCACUGCCCUAAAUAUAGGGAGAGGUGGGUGGGUGUUCCGAAUGCACACGCCGAAAGAAGCAGCUCUGUGUCACGUGCAUGGGCAUAAAUAGGUCCCUCGAACCGUUUAGACUGCAUCCCAUUGGCCAGAUUGUACCCACCAAUCAGGUGCUGUGGCUAACCAAUUGUACCCACCCAACACAGGGUGUCAGUUGUCCAGGUCUCACCGCAAUACAUGCCCUCUUUAAGGGAGGACCCAAUUUGCUAGCUUCAGUGUGCUAAUUUAAUACCUGUGGUCAGAGAGAAACUCUUGGUACUGGUUGAAUCCUAAAUUAAUAGAAUCAAACUAGCUAACAAUGCCAGUUCAGCACACUCAAGCUGAAGUACUCCUCUGAAGUUCUUCUCUUGGAGAGCGGGAACUUUAGAGCCACGAGUGGCAUGUCCUGAGAGAGGGAAAUGUUCUCCUGCUGUUUUCUGAACUUUGUCAUUUUCCAUGUGUUCUGCCCCCUUUCCCUUAUGGGAUAUUCCAGACCCCCUAUAGAGUCCUUAAGGGGGUUCCCUAUAGGUAGGAGAAAAUAACAGAGGCCAACCAGAGUAUAUUGAGAAUUAAAGUGGCUAGUAAGCCUGAUCUUUAUUCAGGGAACUGUUGCAACAUGGUCCCCACUCACCACACGCAGGAGGGAGGAGAACCCUGAACAGCUUUUGAAAUUGUCCACCCUGUAGCCCAAGACCACUCCCCAAAACAUGAUACAUACAUCACAGAAGGAGGCAGUCUACAGCAGAAAUCCUGCCUGCCAGGAUACCUAAAAAUGGUCACUGACUGCAUUACCUGGGCAGUCUGGCCAUUCUUUUGUGAUGGUUAAUACUUCAUUCCCCGAAUCCAGGUCAAAGGCUCACCCUAUUCGAACACAAAUACGCCCUUAAAGACAGGAUUUGCAAGCAAAAAGACAAUGGGAAGGCUUUCCCCAUUUGCCUCCCUUAUUGCAGAGGAAUAUUUGAGGUUAAAUGAGUUAAAAUGACUUCAGGAUUGCUCCCCCAUACUAUUUCAGACACAUGGUUCAUAUAUUUAGAUAUGUGUGCAUUUAUGGAUAUUUAUUCUGUGUCUGAGACCUUAAAAUUUAUUCUGUAUCUGAGACAUUAAAAUUCUUGUAACGCAUACCAGAUGUGCCUCCCUGCUUGCCCUUUACAGGCAAGAACUGAGCAGGAAGAGGAAGCAGUUUCUCAUGCACUGUGAAUUUGUGAGGGAAUAUUUACAGAAAGCUUUCACAGGCACCAUAGGAGGUACUACUGAGCUUUCUCUUACCACCAGGCACCACAUUGACAAUCCCCAUGUCAGAGACAAACCAGAUGUGGCCCUAAGCAGGUACAACAAACCACAUCUGUCUUUCUUAAAAAAUUAAUAGUAUGCACUGGGGUGGGGGGCAAUUUCCUACAGAACACCUGUGCAUCUGUGGUGCCAUCUUCCUUGGGGGACGCCUUUAGAGGUACGCUUGGCACUUAAAUCAUCUUUCAUGUCAACAGCACCAAGCGGAAAGCCUAUUAGUUCGCCCAGGUAUUCAUAGGUUGUUAGUUUCAGGAAUGAAGGAUGCCUGUUUGUAGUUUGCAAGGAUUUGUAGGGGUGCUGUUUUUUUUAAAAAAAAAAAUUUCUGAUUUUAAUUACAGCUGUUUUUAUCUGUUUUUGCACUUCACAUAUUUCAGGUUUGUAAUCAUUUUAAUGAGAUUUAUCUCAUGGCAUAACGCCAUUGUACUCUGCCCUGAGAUCAGUUCUGAUGAAGGGCAGGUUCGAAAUACCUGAAAUAAAUGACAAAUAAAUAAAUAAAUAAAUGGAUACUCCUAUUGGGCAAGUGGGACAUUUUUACCCCAGGGCUAAUAACAACUGGAGGAGGAUUUUUUUCGCCUGAGGUUGCAACAAGGGGGAAAAAAUCUCCCCAUCCCACACACUGAGGUUCCAGCAAAAAAACAAAAACAAAAAACCUUCCCACUAGUGCCUGCUAUUAAUAUUUUAAGAAACACAGGUGUGGUUUGCAGUCAUGACACAUUUAGCAACAUGUCGGGUUUGGAUCGGGAUGCUUCAGAACUCUUCAGUUGGAAACAAUAGCGAGAUUCCCAAGAAAGGGCUGUGUGUGUGUGUGUGCACAUCGCAAGCAAUUGUGAUUCUCUCACAAUACCCCCAUCAACUCCUCGAAAAACUAUUAUCUGUCUCCAUUACCUGCUGCUCACGCAUGCAGGAAGGCAGUACCAGGCGCCGUCCAGCCACGAAGCCUCUGAACUUUUAAUGGGUCAGCUAUUAAAAGCUUGCAGCUUUGUCCACUAAAACAAAAGCCCGAGAGAGCUAUUCCACGUGUGUUUACUCAGAAAUAAGUCUCACUGUGUUCAGUGGAACUUACUUCCAUCCGAACGGGCCGGUAGGGUUGAAGCAGACCUGUUUAAUUUGGCACAUCCGCUUAGCCCUGUAUCGGGAAAGCUUUUAAUGUUUGACGUUUUGCUGUGUUUUUAUUAUGUUGGGAGCCUCCCAGAGUGGCAGGGGCAACCCUAUCAGAUGGGUGGAGUAUAAGUAAUAAAUUAUUAUUAUUAUUAGCCCUGUCCAUCUCUCAAACCCACUCAGCAAACAUUACUCAACAGAGCAGUUCUGUUUUCUUAUGUGUACAUCCUGUGUUUUCUUCCUUUAAUCAGGUGACAAAGGACUGAAGGGGUUAUCUGGUGUAUCUGGAGGAAAGGGCAAAGCAGGUAGGCCGUUUCGAUUUAUUUUUGGCUUCCCAAGUAGCUCCUGUCUGCGGGCAGUGAUUCCUUGGUGCGUGUAAGCCAGGGAUGGAGAAUCUGUGGCUCUCCCAAUCUGGCCACCCAGUUUCCAUCAGCCCAGUUAGCCUGGCCAAUGGUCAGUGAUGAUAGGAGUUCAUACCCUCCAGCAUUCCUCAGAUGAAAAUAGAGACACUUCUCACCUCCCCACAACUGAAAAAUACACACCAACAAAUACAGUCAUACCUCGGGUUGAAGUAGCUUCGGGAUGAGUAUUUUCGGGUUGUGCUCGGGGCGACCCGGAAGUACCGGAGCACGAUACUUCCAGGUUUCGCCGCUCACGCAUGCGCAGACACUCAAAAUGACGUCGCGCGGAAGUGGCGAAUCGUGACCCAUGCACAAGCAGACGUGUGGACUCAGGUUGUGUUCGCUUCAGGAUGUGAACGGGGCUCCGGAACGGAUCCUGUUUGCAUCCAGAGGCACCACUGUAAACUUUAGAAAGAGACAAUAUCAGACGCGGACACACAAAGCGUUUUAAAAUAAAACCAAGACUCCUUGCGCUCCACUCUGCUCCCUUUUCUUCCUGCCCAGGGCAGUCCUGCCCUCUGCCUGGUCCUCGUAGUCAUAGGGCUGGGCCUCACUGGCUACAGCCUCUCCUCCUCCUCCUUGCCCACUCUCCAGCAACUGCUACAAGUUGCCCAAGGGAGGUGGCCAGCGGCAAUGGCCAGGGAGAGGCAAUGGGAUUGUCAGGAAUGUUCCUUCCCGGAGUGACAGCGAGGGGUCUGAGGACCAAGGGGGGUGGCAGGCAGAAAGAGAUGGAGGCUUGCUUUCUUCACAUGCAGAGAGAGAAGCGAGUCCCUCCUGUCCAGGAAGGCAGGCUGUAAAUUCUCAGGACAGCGUAAGGCAGGCAGAGAAAAAGGAGAGAUAGAAAACAAACAAACAAACAAACAAACAGUUAUAUACAAAACCCCAGGUCAGUGGUGCAACAUUAAAACCUGGCACACAUUAAGUCCUGAUUUCUGUUAUCUUAACACACUGAAAACUUUUGUUAAAGAAAGACAUAACUCUUUUUGUUGUUGUUGUCGUCACACAAGGGCUUUUCUGUUCUAAAUCCAGUUUUUUUCCUUCUUAAGGGCACCAAAUUAUUUUUUAAAGCACAUAUUGACAUUCUCCCUAAAGCAGAGAGAGUACUAUACAAACAAAGGAAAGAUCUUGCGUAACGUAACUCUAAUCCCUCUCCUUUCAACAGGGGAAUUAGAAAGAGUUCAGGAGUACAGGUUGCCCGGGUGUUUUCGUUUUGGCCUUUUUUUUUGCCAGGCCCAAACAGAAUCCAAGGCCAGUUUGCAAGGUUGAAUAUUUUGGGUGCUUCUUGCCAGCCCAGCUGAAGCACGUGCUGAGGACUAAAGCAGUCCAGCGAAACAGCCCUCAGCAUUUUGCAACAAGUGUUCAACCCGAAUGCAUGGCUGUGAUAAACUGUGUGUAUUUGAAAUUACAGUGUGCUAAUAGGCCCAAGCUGCAAGAUGACAGAAGCCCACUAGACAAAGCAGCUGCAAGAGAGGACAGUUACCAAAGAGUCGUCAGUACCAAAAACUCUACAGCAGUGUUCCCCAAUCUUGGGUCUCCAGCUGCUUUUGGACUACAAUUCCCAUCAUCCCUGACUAAUAAUAAUAAUAAUAAUAAUAAUAAUAUUUUAUUUAUACCCCGCCCUGCCCAGCCAAGGCCGGAAAUAGGGCGGCUAACAAGCAAUAAUAAAAAUAAGUUGAAUGAAUACAACUUAAAAACAAAAUUAAAAUACAACAUUAAAAUAUUGAAACAUUAAAAUAUUAAAAUGUAGCCUCAUCGCAGGAGGAGAAAGGAAAAGAAAAAAGAAAGAGGGGGAGGGAAUCACUACAGUGGUACCUCGGAUUACAUACACUUCAGGCUACAGACUCCGCUAACCCAGAAAUAGUACCUCGGGUUAAGAACUUUGCUUCAGGAUGAGAACAGAAAUCGUGCUCUGGCGGCGCAGCAGCAGCAGGAGACCCCAUUAGCUAAAGUGGUGCUUCAGGUUAAGAGAACAGUUUCAGGUUAAGAACAGACCUCCGGAACGAAUUAAGUUCUUAACCUGAGGUACCACUGUACAGGUCUUGCUAGCUAGGGAUGAUGGGAGUGCUGGAGACACAAGCUUGGGAAACACUGCUGCAGAGGAGGAUUGAGGAACCUUUGUCCUCCGCGAGAUGUUGCUGACGUGAACUGCAACUCCCAUCAUCCCUGGCCAUUGGCCAUGCUUGCUCAGCCUGAUAGGAGUUGUAGUUCAGCCGCAACAUCUGGAGGGGCAAAGGUUUCUCACAGCUGCUCUAGCGUGUGGCCAGUAACAGUGGACAAAAUCCACCACCACCACAAAAAAGAAAUUACUUGCUCUCCUGUAGCCUCACCUGACUCUAGCAGACAGAGCAGCAAAAGUCAGCAGAACGCAGGUUGAGAUUGCAGGUGGCAGAAAGCAAAAACGCUUUCUGCAUUUUCCUUCAUAACAGCUUGCCUAUUUUCCCAGCCCACAAAAAAAAGUAUUUUUAUCCUCCCUACUCCCACAGGAGCUUGAGGCAGCUUGCAUUAAAAACACGACUGUAAAAUAAUCACGUUGAAACCUAUAAAAGACAGAGGACACACAGCGGCAAUAAACAUGCUUUUGCCAAAACAUUGACUAACGCCGCCGGGCUGCUGUGGGAGUCAGGCCUAUGUUAAAUGUUCUGCCGUGUUUCAAGUCAGAGGCCUGGUUCAUAUAUAAUGAGAAAGCAUGUUUUCCAUUAUGUGAACAUGCUGUGAUGAGCAUCAUGUCUUCAGGUCCGCCCCCCUUCACAUACCAGAGGAGAGUGGAAGUUUUCCUUGCUGCUGCUGUUGUUAUGGAAGCCACAGUUUCCUGUUACGUCCAAACAUUUGUAAGAACAAACCAGAAUCAAACUAGCCCUAUCCAGGCUUUCACUUCCGAACAUGCAAAGAGGCCCAUUGGAAUGUGUGUGAUUAAUUCUGCGCUUCUCAAUGACAUCAAGUACACUAGAAGUAUUCCCAAUCCAGUGUGUCGCUUGCCGAAUCUGAAAGGAGAAACAGACUUUCCAACAUGGGGGCAGGAAUUCUGGCCAGUCAGGGUUUUUGUGAUAACUCUGUCAUGAUGGUAGCCUCCUUCAGACUUGCCCAAUCAUGUGUAGCCUCAGGACAGUGUCACCAAAGGGGCAGAGAUAGCCCUGCAUAUUCACUCAGGGCCCUUCGCAUUUCAGACUGAGCACUUGAACAGGGCUUCUUUGGCUUCCGAGUCUGGUUUGCACCCUCACUGGAGUUUAAACAAACCACAGUCCCCUGACAAAUUGUGGAACCAUGAGUUGUUUAAAACUGGAAGCAGGAGCUUCUGAUCUCCCCCGGUGGGUAAAAGAGAAGAGUGUGGACAUGUUAGCUGGAGCCUCGUCACGGCUCAUUCCCAGCAUGAUGCUCAUUCCUGAAUUAAGAAGCAGUGGCCGAAUAAGCCAGGAUUGUUACGUCCAAAUUAUCCCAUUGCACAUUCUACCCCUGACCUUCCAGUGUUAAACAAAAAGGGGGCUUCCGUGUGCAUCUGACUGAACACACUUAGAAGCAUUAUAACGAUUAUUUCAAUUUCUUAGCUGCCCUUUGCCAUAAGGUCCCGGAUUGGGUUGCAGCAACUUAAAAAUGCAAUAUUAAAAAGGGUUUAAAACAAUUUGCAGUCACAAGAUGAGUCUGGAUCCUCAAAAACAUGACUUUCAGGUGUCAAAGGAUGAGGUUAAAAAGGUGCACAUUCACCAUACAACAGAAACUCCGCACUGAAAAUGCCACAUGCAUUGUCCUGUCUAGAGGCAAUUCUGCAAUUUAGGAAUGCCUUUUUCAGGGACACGCCCACCCACAAAAUCCUGAGUGUGGUGAAACUACCACGACGGCCCCUUCUGCCAAUUUUAGUGCCCAAGAGGGGCUGUAGGGAAGGAGGUCUUACAAAUGAGGACCUUGUGUUAUAACGGUUCCCAGUCUCAAGACUGCUUCUAAAUGCAAGCUUUGUCCUCUGCUUCACAGCUCAUGGUUUGGCUGGGAAAAUGGACGACAUGCUACAACAAACUAUGGCUUAGCUCAGUGCGGCACAGUACCAAAAUGGCAUGGGAGGAGCGAGGCGGCCUCUAUUUCCCUUCCCAGAGCCUGUAUGCUUCUGCAUUCAUGCUUCUGAGCCAUAGUUUGGCUUUGCAUGGCAAAAGUCCCCUUUGUUGUUGUUGUUUAGUCGUGUCUGACAAUUCGUGAUCCCAUGGACCAGAACUCGCCAGGCACUCGUGUCUUCCACUGCCUCCUGCAGCUUGGUCAAACUCAUGCUAGUAGCUUCGAGAACACUGUCCAACCAUCUUGUCCUCUCUUGUCCCCUUCUUCUUGUGCCCUCCAUCUUUCCCAACAUCAGGGUCUUUUCCAGGGAGUCUUCUUUUCUCAUGAGAUGGCCAAAGUAUUGGAGCCUCAGCUUCAGGAUCUGUCCUUUCAGAGACCACUCAGGGCUGAUUUCCUUAAGAAUGGAGAGGUUUGAUCUUCUUGCAGUCCAUGGGACUCUCCAGAGUCUCCUCCAGCACCAUAAUUCAAAUGUCCCCUUUAACCUUAGUUAAAGGUUAGCCAACAUGUCUCCAUGCUUUGGGUGCUGCAAAUGGUCAAUGCAAUUCCAUGGGAUGGACUCAACUAACUCAUUUCACUAGUGGAAAUCAGCACAAGGACUUCCAGUCAUGCAACAGGGGUUUUCCUCCUUUCCUUUGGGCAUUACCCCUGCAACCCCAAACUGACUCAGGCGAACGGGUUGCGAGAACCUUCAGAGCAGCUUGCAUGGGGAAAACUCCUUCCCGGGAGUUGUGUGGGGCAUCAGACCACACCCAGGUCCUUCCUGACUUUAUCAUAUGUAUAUUUGUUUGAAACAGCUAUGUAACGCUUACCCACUUUGAUGCUUUGGGUAGCCUAUUUGAUUAUAUACCUAUAUGGGGUUAGGUGCUGUCUGUGACUGCGGGAAAUAUCGCAAAGUCGUUGGACAACUGGACAUCAACGUUGCUCGGCUCAAGAGUUCCAUCAAGUUUGUGAAAAAUGGUAUGUUUCAUUUCCUUGGUUCUAAAACUGCCAUUUGGGAAAGGAGACAUAAAAAUGUAAUGGCUAAUUAAUCAACUUACGGCCUUUUAAACUGUGGGUGGGAAUUUAUUGCUUUUGUUUGUUACUAUACCAUAGCCUUUCAUAUACUAACCUUUUAUGUUCUUCCACAUCCGUUUAAUGCUCCUAACCCUUCUUUUACAUUAUUUUAGUCUCUUUUAGAAUCUAAUAGUCUUUUAUAUAUACCUGCUGUUUUAAUAAUUUUAGCUUUCCAAAAUGUUUUAUAGAUUUUAAAUGAUUGUUCCCCACCCUACUUAUGCUGGUCUAUGACCAUAAUAAAUAUUUGAUUGAUUGAUAUGUAUCUUUUUGUUUUUACAUUGUAAAUCUCCCUGUUAUCGUCGGAUGAAGGGUCAUGUAGAAAUUUAAUAAAUCACAACAAUAAUGAUUCGGGGCUUUUGAGGAUAUCCUGAAAAAGUCUGCUUUGUUAAAACAGGCUUUUUGUUUUUAUUCCCCAAGUGUUAGCAGGUAUCAGGGAAACAGAGGAGAAAUACUAUUACAUCGUACAGGAAGAAAAGAGCUACAAGGAAGCGCUCACUCACUGCAGGAUUCGAGAUGGGGUUCUGGCGAUGCCCAAGGAUGAGGCUGCCAAUGCCGUGAUCUCUGACUAUGUAUCCCAAAGCGGCCUCUUCCGAGUCUUCAUUGGCCUGAGCGACAUGGAGAACGAAGGGCAGUUCGUGUAUGCUGACCGUACUCCAUUGCAGAACUACAGCAACUGGAAGGAAGGAGAACCUCAGGACACCUCCGGGCAGGAAGACUGCGUGGAAAUGCUCAGCACCGGGCAGUGGAAUGACACGGAAUGCCAUCACACGAUGUACUUUGUCUGCGAAUUCCCAAAGAAGAGAAAGUAGGCGCCAGAGGGAAUCUGUGGCACACCCUAUGAUCACCCUGUGCUGGUCAGCUAUUGAACUAAGAGUCUAGGAGAAGAAUCUGCUUCCAAUACACCAGGUAUACAGAACUGGUGGCUCUCCAUAAAUUGUUGGACUCCAAAUCCCCUCAUCCUUAUGUUGGCUGGGGCUGAUGGCCCUUGGAGUUCAACAAACUCUGGAGGGACAUUAACGAUGACACUAUAAUUUGGAUAUUUACUACUCAAUAAAUCUUUUAGUACUGAAGUUUGAGAUCUGGGCCUUCUGCUAGGUCUCCUCAUUAUCUUCAGACACAGCAUCCUAAGCUGUUGCCUCUCGUCCUUUCUCCUUGCUUCCAACAUCUGGAGCUCAUCCACAGGCCUGAUUAUAGACAACCACUGGCAAACACAAUGAGUGCCAAAGCCACAAGUGAUAGAAGAAAGGGCAUCCUUGACGUAUGCAUAUCCUUAUAUGGCACCGAUCCUCAGAAUACUUACAGGCCAGUCCUAAGCGGCUUUUCUUGGGGGUAUGUCCCACCGAGUUCAAUAGGACUUAGGCUUGGUCUACACCUAUAGAAAAAUGAGAAUAGAAUACAGCUUCAGAGAGCAGGUGGUGGAGUGAAUGCUUAUGAAUUCUGCUCCCCUCUUAAUUAUUGUAUUUUAGAAACUCCAGCAAAUAGAGAACCAGUGUAACAAGUAAAGGUCUGGUUUUCUGUUUGGAGGCAGGAUUGAUUUUGUUUUUCUACACAGAAGCAAUCAAAAUUGUUAUCCCUUACUGGCUGUAGCACAGUCUGUUCUACCACCACAACUGGAACUCAUUCCCCUGCAUGUUGGUUCCAGCGUAAGUAUAUUUAGGACUUUACCUUUCCUCCGACACAGCAGCCUGGCUGCUCCUGAUAAAUUUCAGUGCAAUGUCAGUGAGAUUAUUCCUGGGGCUUCAUUUCUCAUGCCAUGUACUAUAUCACAGAAUUGUUGUGAAGGUUAAGACACAAUAAAGACUAUAGCAUGGUGCACUAUGAUGUACUGCAUGAUAAGUAGUCCUCUAUAGUAAUCCCACUUCUUCUUCUUACAAUCACCUAAAAAACAGGCACCCACCUCCCACUCGUCUCCCUGUCCCAACUAGAGAUGGAGGAGAAAUUUUAUUCAGUUCAAACUUCAAGGCAAACCAACAUACUUCGCAUUUUGCAAAACAAUAUGCAAAACUGAAACACUCCCAAAAUUCACACUUCUCCGAAUCUUGUGACGCAGUUUUCCAACCAAGCGAUGUGUACAAAAAUGCAUAUAUACUGGCAAAAAAUGGUGUGCAUAUUUAUAUACAGGUGAAAAUAACACACACAAAAAAUGUGUUAGGGGAAAUUGCUUUGACAAUAUGUAUACAGCAGUACCUCCGGUUACAAACUUAAUUUGUUUCAGAAAUCUGUUCUUAACCCGAAACCAUUCUUAACCUGAGGCGAGCUUUCGCUAAUGGGGCCUCCUGCUGCCGCCACGCCGCUGGCACGCAACUUCUACUCGCAUCCCGGGGCAAAGUUCGCUACCAGGAGCACCUACUUCCGGGUUAGCAGAGCUCGUUACUCGAAGCAUUCAUAAGGAGAACAGUACGUAACCUGAGGUUCCACUGUAUUUGGCAAAAAUCAUGAUUAAACCCUGAUCAAUUUUCACAAGGACUUCAAAAAACCAAAACUGCAGAAAGAUGUGGAAAUGUGGAGAAAUCAAGAUUGGAAAAAUGAGAAACUGAGAGAAACCAAGAUUGACAGACUCAUCCAUCCCUAAUUCCAACCCUCGUGGGUGGGGAAUGGGUUAUUAGUUUCCUGUUCUUCUUAGGGACUUUUGCCAAGAGCUAGUUAAUGAAUCACAAUAAUUGUGAGUUUAAAUGAGCAGAGAAACUUGAUUCACAGGUUAGUUCAGGAGAUAUCACCUGAGUCACGAGCUUCCUGGGAUGGGUGUUGACUAGUAGCGGGCAUCUGCCUGCCAAAUUAGCACCACUGGAGGUAGAGAUGAUGAAAGAGAAGACAGGAACGGCUCCACGGCUUGCAAAAAUGACAAAAUAGCAAAGGACCAAGUACUGUCCAAGUCUAGUUGUCCUUUAAUCAGAAGGACCCCAUUAUGAUGCACCAAGAAAACACAAGAGGGAGAGAAAUUAAUACAUCGUCUUUGGAUACUGAGUUGUCCAUGCCUAUUGCAACUGGAUCUGAAGCAUGUUUGCUCAGCAGAAAAUCCGAGAGCUGCUUUUGUAAGUUGUGCAUAAGAUUUCUGCCUUGGGCUACUUUCACGUGUCAUAUAACCAAGAGCAGUGAAGCCAAAGGUAAAUCCCUAGAGGAUCAUGGAGCAAGUCUAAGAUAUAUAACCAAGGCCUUUACCAUCCAAAUAUUGGAAGCUCUCUCUGAUGCGUUCACCAACAUGAAAAGCUUCGGAUAUAGCUGCACACUUUGUUCCUCAAACGCAGGAGCUGCCUCUUUCGUCAAAAGCAUCAGCUGUCAGUUUUGGGGCAGAGUAAGAACAAGGGUGAAGGCUCUUCAGUUUUGCACAGAGCCUUUGGUUCCAGUGAAUCACACGCCUCAUUUCUGCAACAAUACCAAUGAAAUACAGUCAUUCAC